GCGGCGGGCGCCAUGGAGCGGCUGGAGCGGGGCGGGCGGCGGCUGCGGGCCGCGCUGGCCGGCGGGCGGGCUGGCUGCCGGCUGCCCUGGCUGCUGCUCGCCAUCGUCCUCCUCGGGUCUGCCCUCAAGGACGGCGACCUGGUGCCCGACACGCCCAUGCGGAACAAGCGCAACCCGCUCAACGUGUAUUUUGUGAAGGUGGCUUGGGCAUGGACGUUCUGGCUUCUGCUGCCCUUCAUCGCCAUCACCACCUACCAGUUUGCCAGGAGGAAGUUCCUCUAUGGUCCCACAAAGAGCAUUUUGACCGUGCUGCGGCGUCUCAGUGCGCUGCUGGUGGGCACUGUCGUCUGGUAUGUCUGCACCAGAUUCUUCAUGUAUAUCGAGAAUCUCACCGGCAUGUGCUCUCCCUCGGGUAAACUCAGCGACCCUCGCCGGCUGUAUGCCACCAAGCAGGAGUGCCACCAGGACAACGGGAUCUGGAAUGGUUUUGAUAUCUCAGGGCACUGUUUUCUGCUCUCAUACUGUGCUCUGAUGAUUGUGGAGGAAGUGGCUGUGCUGGAAGGCUUGUCCAUAGACCAGAACUCUAAGCUUCAUGUUGUGAUCAACAUCCUGUUUGUUUCCUUGUGUUUUCUCACCAUGAUCUGGGUGUUCAUGUUUCUCUGUACUGCCGUGUAUUUCCAUGACUUCAGUCAAAAGCUUCUCGGUGCGCUGAUUGGUCUGUCAGCUUGGUAUGGGACAUACAGAUUUUGGUACUUGAAGCCCUUUUCUCCUGGACUACCUCUUCCAAAUAUACCUUUGAGUUCAAAGAAAUACAGUUAUAGCAGAUAAAAUGAAUUUUAAAAUGUUUGGAUUUUGCUUUCAGUACCGGAGUAGUUGAAUGUAGGAAUGGUUACUGUAUUUCCACUGUAAGGAACAAGAUGAUGGGCUGGAGGAAACCAAAUCUGAACUAGCCAAUGGCUGGCAGGUGGUAAUGAGCUUCUCACUUGGGAGGAAAAAAAAGCUGAUAUUGCAAGAGGUCUGCUCUUGUUUAGGAGCUGCUGACUGUCAUUCUCGGCAGAGAAAUCAGAGGUUGGGCCUGUUUCUCUUACUCAUAAAUGGAGGAGCAGAUCAAAGGCUGACAGAGGCCUUUGCUCUUUAGGAGCUUGACUGAUCUCAAAUUAAUUCUCUUUUUGAUUUAUUUAUGUCAAAAUAACGUGGAUAAUCCAAACCUCAUACUACUUUUUUUAAUCCUCCUAUUUGUACUGCCUUAUGGGAAAGCUCUAAUAAUGACAGUGCUGCUAAGUGUUGCAAAAAUAUCAUUACUCAUUAAAUCAAUAUAUAGCUCUGCUGUGAAACUAGAAUAUCUCAUGUUAUCAAGUGUUAAAUACAGUAACUUGCCACAAAUGCUUCUUAGCUGCCUGAACCUUCUGCAACAAAGAGUAAAUCUGAGAUGUAAUGUCUUAAGCAGACUCUGACUUUAAAUUUGUGCCUGCCUUUGAAAAGGAAAUUCUUGAAAAACAAGCCUUAACUUUCUCCUUAGGUGAAGUAUUUAAUAAUACUUAGUCAUUUAAUUCUUGACAGAAAAAAACUAAACUCCUUCCAAUUUCGCUAAAAAGUCUACUAUGAGAAUUGGGGUUUUAAAUUUUUAAAAUUCUUAUGAGUUGCAUACUUUUCAACAAGUGCUUUGUGGCUUGUUUCUUCUAGAAGAGCAAUGAAAUUCUGGUGUUACAAACAAGUUAGCUUAACCUGCUGUUUCCUGAAUAGUGUGCUUGGUAAUGAGUGAAACACAUUGUCUGUCCUAAGAGCUGCAAAGCGGUGUGCUUGAAGCAAUAUUUAUCUUUGCUUAUCCAGCAAUAUCAAUAAGCUACUUAAUUUUGAUUGCACAUAAAGCUGUGGCCACUUUUGAUGUGGCUGGAAACCCACUACUGAAUAAAACACUAUUAUUAUAUAAUGAAUAGGUAUGAGGUGGGAUGGGUUUACUCAUCAUAUCAAUCAGACAUUUAGCAUAGUUUUUAUCUUGAAAAGCUUUUUAUUAUUUAAUGACGCAAUUGCACAAAAUCUGUUUGACAGUUGUGAUGAGCAAGACAGCCAAAAAGGUGUCUGGACAAGGCUGCAGGUACUGUCUGCUGAUCUGAGAGCAGGCUUGAUCUGUUCAUAGCAUUUGACUCCAAGGCGAUUAUUUUGCUAAACAUAGGGUAUGAUGCACCCUAGUCUAAUCUUGGCAUGUUUCUUUUUGCCAUAUCAACAGCUCUCCUCCAGCAAGAGAGCAGCAGCAUUUGCAAUAAAUAAUACAGCAGUGUUAAUUCCACACUUGUGGUCUACCUCUGGGGAGAGCUGCAUUCAUCUGAAUUUCCACUGAAUUCAGUGGCAAGUGGGAGUUGUUGUGCAUCCUUAGAAAAUAUGCAUCACCUCUCAGAAGAUGCUGUUUCAGGAGGUUAUGUAUUUUUGUCAAGCUCCUCUUGUUUUUGCGUUGAAUUGCCUUUUAAGCCGACUCUUUGGAAAAUUUGCACUGAUUAACUCAUACUGGGUUUAACUAAGUUUGUUUAAACAAUGCAAAUUCAUUUGCAGACAUUCUUUUGAUGUAACGUAAGCCUGCUCCCAAUAGAGUUAAGCUAGACCGCAAGCCACUUUCACUGUGAAAAAGGAUCAUAUACCCAGAAGGCUUUCUGAUUAAUUUCAUUAAGUUUCUAUUUUAGGUUAUUUUUAUGUAGCGUUGCUAUAUAGACAAAGCCUUGGAGCAAGAAAUGCUGUUUCUUUAAACCAACUGACUUGCUGCAAUUAUGUUCAGUUUCACAAAUGUUUUGUGUAAUCACUAUAUGGAUGUUUCUGUCCACUUCUAACCAGUGUCAUACAGACCUUUUAUUAUGGAAAUAAUGUGGGAUAUGGUUAUUCUCAAAACUUACUUAAAUAAUGAAAGAAAAACACUUGAAAAACUUAA